AUGGAAGCAUCCCAAAGAGAAUUAUUGAAUCAAUUAAAACAGUUAACGGCUGGGGGGCACGAUAAGGGGAAGAGCCCCGAGGUAAAUUUUGGGGAUGAUCACGAAGACCCUGCCUACCCUCCAGGUUUCGCCCCAACUAAUGCCCAGACACAACCAAGGGUGUACCCACAGAGGGUACCUGUCACCAUUAGAUCCCAAUACCAAGUUGGUGCCCCAGCAUCGAUGAACUUCCCAACAGGUUCGGGUUCUAAUCUCAGGGAUAAUCUUGUUAUUCCUGUAGUUCCGGAUCUCGACGACGCAGCAGAAAUAGAGAAGACAAGAGUAGACCUGCCAAAACAAUUAGAAGAUCGAUGUAAAUGGUUAGAGGAGAAGUUUCAAGCUAUGGAAAAUGCCGAAUACCAUCGAGGAAUAGACGCUAAAGAUUUGAGCCUGGUACCUGAUUUGGUGUUCCCUCCCAAAUUUAAAGUGUCGGAGUUUGAGAAGUACAAUGGGACCAGUUGCCCCGAGGUCCAUAUCACUAUGUUCUGUAGGAGAAUGACCGGAUACAUCAACAAUGACCCAUUGUUGAUUCAUUGCUUCCAGGACAGUUUGAUCGGGUCAGCGGCUAGAUGGUACAACCAAUUAAGUCGGGCCAACAUUCAUUCAUGGAAAGAUUUGGCGCAAGCCUUUAUGAAGCAGUAUAGACAUGUGAUGGAUAUAGCACCCGAUCGAAUUGUAUUGCAAAACAUGGAAAAGAAGCCUAAUGAGAGCUUUCGACAAUAUGCUCAGAGAUGGAGAGAAGUGGCUGUGCAAGUUCAACCACCACUUUUAGAGAAAGAAAUAACUAUGCUUUUUAUCAAUACUUUAAAAGCUCUAUUUCUCAAUCACAUGUUGGGCAGUGCCACUAAAAGCUUUUCAGACAUAGUGAUGUCUGGAGAAAUGAUAGAGAACGCCAUAAGGUGCGGCAAGAUAGAAGCGGGAGAAAGCGCCAAGAGGUCAGCCCCAAUGAAGAAAGAGCACAAGAUAAACAAUGCAAGCGUGUUUAACAAGAGCUAUUCUAAACCAAUCACGGUGGGACAAGCAAGAGCAGUAACCACUAACCAUCAAGGUUCUUCAAGGCAGGAAUCCAAUCUAAGGUCAAAUGAAGAAAUAUCCCAAUUUACACCAAUCCCAAUGACAUAUAAAGAGCUGUACCAGAACUUAUAUGAUGCACAUAUGGUAUCUCCUUCUUAUCUAAAACCCAUGCAACCUCCAUAUCCUAAAUGGUACGAUACGAAUGCCCAAUGCGAGUAUCAUGCGGGAAUUACGGGGCACUCGAUUGAAAAGUGUACUACGUUCAAGAAGUUAGUUGAGAGAUUUAUUAAGAUGGGGAUCUUAAAAUUUGACGACCCGUCAAGAAAAAACGUAGUAGGGGAUCCGCUACCUAAUCAUGAUUGA